AUACAAAUCAAUGUGAAUAUAUUUCAAUCAAUUUAAAUGUGAAGAGAAAAUUUUUCAAUCAAAUUUAGGAGAAAAUUUUUUUUUCUCCCCUGUAAACUUUAAUUAUCAUGGUAAUCGAAUUGAUUAAGUUUAAUUUUAUUCUUUUUCUGUUAACCUUAAUUGUGAUCAUUUGUGUUCCUCUGGUUAGAGGUCAAUUUAGAGGUUUAUUUGCUGAUCUAACGGUACCUGAUUGUUUACAAUCAAAUGGUCGCCGAGGUAAAUGUUACCUUUACAGUGAAUGUGGUCAGUUUUAUAAGAAGACAAGUAACUUUGACGUUUGUGAAUUCUCACUUGACCAGCGAUUCUUGACCGUUUGUUGUGACGAACUACCAUCGACAAGAUAUAACAUUUAUCGAGCUGAAGACAAUUGGGUCUCUAGUAGUGGUUUGGUUUCGUCUUCUGGACCAAUGGUCAUCGAUUUCGAGUGCGGUGUCCGAAUCGCUAAUAAGGACAUUCUGGAAGUUGUUUCUAGUACCGAAGGUGAUUCCAAUGACCAGGGUCAGUUGUUUCUCCAGGCAUUGACUUACCUUGCAGCGAGAGACGGUACUCAUCCUUGGAUGGCCUCGAUUUGGUACAAAAAUAGUCCCAUUUGUGGUGCAUCGAUAAUCAAUCGACGAGCUCUUCUAACGUCAGCUCAUUGUUUCAAAUUUUCCAGGGAACCAGUUGAUUAUACAAUUACCAUGGGGUCAAUUUAUCUUAGUCAAGGUCGUAGGUUUCAGGUCAAACGAUUAAUUGUUCACCCAGGUUAUCGUCCACCAGCGGUCAACAAUGAUAUCGCUUUAAUUAUAUUGGACAAUCAAUUACGAUUUGAUUGGAGGGUAAAUCCAGUUUGUUUGGGUUCCAAAUUCAUUGGCGAUUCACAAUUAAAGGCACAAAAAGCAACAGUAAUUGGCUUUGGUAAUGACAAAUCUAAUCUUGCUCGUACAUUACAGGAAAUUAACGUUCCACUAAUUAGUUCAGUUGAUUGUUCAACUAUUUAUUCAAAGUUCCGUAAUCAUUUUCCCUUUGGACUCAAUGGUGAAUUCAUUUGUGCUGGUUACCCUCAGGGUGGUAAAGACGCUUGUUUAGGUGAUUCGGGUGGCCCCAUGACAAUUAAACACUAUUCCAAAGUGGUCCAAAUCGGAAUCGUAACUUAUGGCUACGGGUGCGCUUUACCUGAUUAUCCAGGAGUUUACACCAGUGUCGCUUAUCAUUAUCGAUGGAUCCAAGAAAACAGUUAAUUUCUAAUCAUCUUUAAAUCAUCAUCAUCAUCAUAAUCCAACCAUCUUAAUCCUAAUCUGAAUCAUGUAUCACCUUUAAUAUAAUCAAACUUAAAUUACACUUUAAAUCAUCAAUGAAA